AUGCCUCCUCACUCGCCUAAUCAUCCUAUUCGUGACCUUUUCCCCUUUAGUCCAUCGACUCCCACUCCCACCUCUGGCAAAACCAGCAACAGCAACAACCCCCGCCAGGACGAGGACCGGCCCGUGCCACCGGGGGCCAUGGUCCAGUAUCUCUGGACCUGCCACGCCUGCGGCUGCGGCACCUUUCGCUGCAACGAGGCUUCCGUAGCUCUGUGCAUCCAGUGCGGGCAUCAAGUCUGCGACGGGUGCACCACCUUUUUCGGUGCCCGCCUCCUCCGCUGCGUCGAGGUGGAAGAUCUUCUCCCCCACCACGCCGCCAACCCCGGUUGCACCUGCGAGCAGUAUUCCAAAAAGAGCCGUUGUCGCACUGGCCAUCCCAUCCGUCGGUGUCCUGCUAAAUCGGGUCUACGUCGUCUGCGGUACACGCCGUACGCCCACCCGACGCUCGUGCAGCACUGCAUCGUGACCUUUCGUCCCGGCCGCGACGGCAGUCCCGCACUCGGCACUUUUUUUGCGUUACGGACACGUUUCGACCGGCCGCGGACAACCACCACCACCACCCGAGCAGGCAACGAAACCAGUACGCCCACGACGACGACGACACUCGACUGCAUCGCCCGCUCCGUCGCCGCGGCUCGCCCCACGGCCACCAUCCCGCCCAUCUACGACAUGCUGCGCCAGCCACGGUCCGGUGACGCCGCGCUGGCGCCGCGGCCCGGCAUCUCGGUAAGCACCGUCGCCUUGGCGCGCUUCUUUGCGACGGGCGCCGCGAGCGUCGCGCGCACGCUGGGCCUGUCCGGCCGCCCCAUCGUCUGCGUCCGUGUCGAUCCCAUGCUGGCCUUUGUGGCGUACUACCUCUGCGCGAGCUUCUACGUCGUCUUUGCGGAGUGGAGGAACAAGAAGAAGAAGAUGGUAAGCGUGCGUCAGCCGCCUCGGGCGGCGGCGCCGGAGUGA